GAGAAACGUCAUGUGGGUUCAGCGCACAACUGAGUGUGACUUGCUGAACUUGGCACAGACUGAGCACUGAGAGCUGGGCACGGAGCAACAUCUGAGCACUAUGGCUGAAGCGGAUAUUGCACUUAUUGGGCUGGCUGUGAUGGGCCAAAACCUGAUAUUAAAUAUGAACGAUCAUGGCUUUGUGGUCUGUGCGUAUAACAGAACGGUGCAGAAGGUGGAUCAGUUCCUGGCUAAUGAGGCUAAGGGAACAAAGAUAAUUGGGGCUCACUCUCUGAAGGACAUGGUGUCCAAACUAAAGAAGCCGCGCCGGGUCAUGAUGCUGGUGAAAGCCGGACAAGCUGUGGAUGACUUUAUCCAGAGUCUGAUUCCUUUGUUGGAACCGGGUGAUAUUAUCAUUGACGGCGGGAACUCAGAAUACAGAGACAGCACACGGCGAUGCAAAGAGUUGAAAACCAAAGGAAUCUUGUUUGUUGGUAGUGGUGUCAGCGGUGGGGAGGAUGGAGCUAGGUACGGCCCCUCUCUGAUGCCUGGAGGAGACAAAGAUGCUUGGCCUCAUAUCAAGAGCAUUUUUCAGAGCAUUGCUGCUAAAGUCGGGAAUGAGCCGUGCUGUGAUUGGGUGGGUGAGGAAGGAGCUGGGCAUUUUGUAAAGAUGGUGCACAAUGGCAUCGAGUAUGGGGACAUGCAGCUGAUCUGCGAGGCCUAUCACUUACUGAAGGAUAUUCUGGGCAUGGAGCAGGAUGAAAUUGCAAAGGCGUUUGAAGACUGGAACAAGACCGAGUUGGAUUCAUUCCUAAUCGAGAUCACAGCAGACAUUCUAAAGUUUAGAGACACUGAUGGAAAACACUUACUUCCCAAGAUCCAGGAUACUGCUGGGCAGAAGGGGACUGGUAAAUGGACCGCAAUCUCAGCCCUGGAGUUUGGUGUUCCUGUCACGCUGAUCGGUGAAGCAGUGUUUGCACGAUGUCUGUCUUCACUAAAGAGCGAACGAACAGUGGCAAGCAAGCAGCUCAAAGGGCCAAAACUGACUCCCUUUACCGGGGAUAAGAAGGCGUUCCUGGAGGAUAUCCGCAAGGCUCUCUAUGCAUCCAAGAUAAUCUCGUACGCUCAGGGAUUUAUUCUGUUCCGACAAGCUGCUCAGGAAUUUGGGUGGAAUCUGAAUUAUGGGGGAAUCGCCAUGAUGUGGAGAGGUGGUUGCAUCAUCCGCAGUGUGUUCUUGGGGAAAAUUAAGGAAGCCUUUGACCGAAAUCCAGAGCUACAGAACCUGCUGCUGGACAACUUCUUCAAGAAAGAAAUGGAGAAUUGUCAGGAGUCCUGGCGUAGAGUGGUCAGCACUGGGGUUCAAUACGGUAUCCCUAUGCCUUGCUUCACAACUGCCCUGUCUUUCUAUGAUGGUUAUAGACAUGAGAUGCUACCAGCUAACCUUAUCCAGGCCCAGAGAGAUUAUUUCGGUGCUCACACUUAUGAGCUCCUUUCUAAACCAGGACAGUUCAUCCACACUAACUGGACAGGCCACGGAGGCAACGUAUCGUCAUCCUCGUACAAUGUGUGAGACCUGAGCCCUCCAGCUUCUUCGUGACCCUAUGUACUAGAGAUCGCUAUCUUGCCGCUGUGCUAGUGUUUUGCUCAAUCUGCACUUUUGUAAUUGUAGUCAGAGAAUAAAUUUCUUUUUAUAUUGUGA